GACCCAGCUUUCAGGCAGUCCAUUUGCGAACGACGGAGUGAUGACUGAUCUGAGCACAGUGCCUUGCCGUUAUUGUCAGCUUGAAUUAAGCGUCUAUUUUUAGUGUCCAGAGAAGAGAUUUCGAGUUAGUGCCGUUAUUUACAUUUCGAGAGUUUGUACUUCAUCAACAUUAAAGUGUAGUUUUGCCGCCAUUGUCUCCCUUCACCAUCAUACCUUCUCACCCGCACUUUUCUUUCUCUCCUCCCUAGUUUCUUUUUAGCAGAAGAUCGUUUCUUGAUUCAUCAGCAAAGCGUAGUUCACGGAAAUCCGCACGAAGGAAGGGAAUUACCGCAUCAACAAAGUUCCAGCUGCGGUUAUCUGUUUCAUUUAGAAUGCCAAACUCGGAAGGCUGCGACAGUCAGAGCUGCCACUCAGACGAGCUCGGAAAAGGCCAUGGCCGCGUAGCAAACUCCCCUGACGUCUCCGCGGGAAGAAGCCAUGAAGCGGACCAUAGAGGCGACCAUCAUCCAGGGGAGACCGGUCAGGCUAGAGAUCACAAUGGCGACGAUUCUCACGGUGGCGACGGCAAACAGAAUCACAGGAACCAGCAGCAGCAAAAUCAGCAUCAACAGCAGCAUCGGCAGCAGGACCACGGAGGGUCGCGAAUGUCGCAUCCGUUGUCGGACGAGGAUCCGGGGGUGGUGGACGAGCGGAAGCAGAAGCGCAUGCUGAGCAACCGGGAGUCGGCGCGGCGGUCGCGGCUGAAGAAGCAGCACCACUUAGACGAGAUGCGGCAGCAGGUGGCACAGCUGCGCGCGGAGAACAGCGAGAUGUCGACGCGCUACAACAUGGCGUCGCGGCACUACACCCAGCUCACGGAGGAGAACCGCGUCCUGCGAUCGCACGCCAUGGAGCUUAGUCGACAGCUGCAGCGCCUGCACCACGCCGCUGCCGCGCACGGCCACCCCAUGAACGCACAACUCGGCCUCGGAUCCAGCCUCGGAUCGAGCCUGGGGUCCAGCCUCGGUGGGGGUCUAGGCUCUUCGCACAUUGACCCUCUCGCGUUUUCGCUUGCGCCGCCGCUGGGACCGCCGUUUUCGUCGCACCACAUGGCGGGCCGGUCAGCCAUGUCCAUGUACCCCUAUGCCAUGCCCCCGUCGCCUGCCCCGGAGGUCUCGAGGUGAUGAAGAGAAGAGAUGCCACAUCAUGUGGCUCCUAGCCCCGAUUUUGCUGAAGUAGUGCAUAACGGUAGAGGGUUAGGUUAGGUUAGCCCGUUCCGAAUUCCAACUGAAGCUCACACCUGCACAUGUUCUGGGGCUUGUGCCUGGAACUGGCCAAUAUUUUCCACUUGCCUGCAGUCUGUCCUUGCUAUGGUAGGUACCAUACAUACCUCUGCGUUUGGAACGCCCAUUUGGAGGA